ACCGCUCUCACGUUCUUCGUUUUAGAGAAGAAGGAACAACAAAUAAGAAAGCUAGGGUUUAGCAGAGCAGAGCAGAGGAGAAUUGAGAAUCGAAAUCAUAAUCCGAAGAAGAAGAAGAAGAGAUCAGCGAAUCAAUUAAUUAAUUGAUUAUGAAGAAGAGUGGGGAGUUGAACUUGCCGGCGGGAUUCCGAUUCCAUCCCACCGACGACGAGCUCGUCCAGCAUUACCUUUGCCGGAAGUGCGCCGGACAGAGGAUUUCCGUCCCCAUUAUCGCCGAAAUCAACCUCUACAACUUCGAUCCAUGGCAGCUUCCCGGAAUGUCUCUGUACGGCGAGAAGGAGUGGUACUUCUUCUCACCGCGGGACCGGAAGUACCCGAACGGUUCGCGGCCGAACCGGGCGGCGGGGACCGGGUACUGGAAGGCGACCGGCGCCGACAAGCCGGUCGGGAAGCCGAAGACUCUGGGGAUCAAAAAGGCCCUGGUUUUCUACGCCGGCAAAGCCCCCAGAGGCGUCAAGACCAAUUGGAUCAUGCACGAGUACCGCCUCGCCAAUGUCGAUCGAUCCGCCGACAACAACAAGAAGAAGAACAACAACAAUAAUCUAAGGCUUGAUGAUUGGGUUUUAUGCCGGAUAUACAACAAGAAAGGGACCCUGGAGAGGCACGUCGCCGGCGGCGAUGAUCAAGGUCCGAUCAAGAAGGGGGAGGUCGAAUUAAUGUCGGAAUAUAUCCAAGAGGAGAAGCCCAAUGUGGGUGGCUGCAAGAACAAGACCAGUAGUACAUCGCCGGAGUCGUCGAGCAUGAUGUCCGAGCACGUGCUGUCGCCGGAGGUGGAGAGCGAGCCGAAAUGGAGCGACCUGCUGGUGCAAAACGAUUUUCAGUUAAUGAGUAAUAGUAGUGUUAGUUAUUUGGAUGGGUUCGAUCACAAUGAUCCCUUCGUCUCCAACAUGAUCCAUUACUACGACAAUUCCGGCGCCGGAGACCAGUUGUCGGGGCUCUUCUUCCACCCCGACGCCGCCUUUGGGUACAUGCAGAAGCCCUUUUGAGUAACUUAGAAGAACAGAGGAAGAAGAAAAGAAAUGGGGCGGGGCGGGGCAGGGCAGCCUAAUUUGGAAGGGCUGUUCCUGUUAUGAUUAUCUAGAAGAUUCUAGAAGGAAAACAGGGCAGGGUUAGAAUAUACUAGGAAUCGAUUCUUUGAUAUAUAUAUAUAUAUAUAUAUUCUACUCUUGACCUAAUUAAGUAAGGAUGAAAGAAUAUGUUAGAAAUUAGAAUGAUAUGAUUAAAUAUUUGUUGUAAAUAAAAUAUGUAUUGUGAGAAACUCUUUGUAACUGUGAAAGUUGCAUAACUUGAGAGACCAGGGAGUUUUGCCUCUUCUUAUAUAAAGUAUAUGCAAGUUGAGUGUGU